AUUAUAUUUUUGAUGACAAUAGUUAUUUUUCUUAUUGAUUGAUGAAAAAGUCAACAAUUUUUUUUUUAGUUUUUUGCUGUUUCCACGUAUAACAAAUCUUAUCAUUGAACGAGAGAAACAAAAAUGUUGAAAUUUUUCGAUACCAUACCUCAGGACCAAGCCAAAUUCCUCUGUUCACAGCUAUUAUCAUUUAUCUAUGCAUUUAUAUUUCGUCAAAUUCUUUUUGUUCAUCUUAAUCGAAAACAAUCGAUUAUAACAAAAAAUUUCAUAUAUUUUUCAAUUAUUAUACCUGGUCUAGCAUUUUCAUGGCUUUGUUUUGGAGACCAAAUAUAUCAUCUUAUUUUAUUAAGCUUAACCUGUUACAUAUUAUUUUAUAUUUUCGAUUAUAAAUGGAUACAUUUAGUGACAUUUUUUCUUGCCAUGACUUAUCUAUCAAUCAUUCAUAUCCAUCGUCUUGCAUACGGUAAUUUUGCCGGUGCAUAUCAUAUGGAUAUUUCGGCACCUCUCAUGAUUUUGGUACAAAAAAUUACAUUAAUUGCUUUCUCAUUACAUGAUGGUUGGCUAAUUAAUACAGCGAAUCAUCAAACAAUUAAUAUUGAAAGGAAAAAAUACUCAAUACGACAAAAACCAUCAUUUCUACAAUAUUGUUCAUAUGUAUUUGAUUUUCAAACCAUUCUUUGUGGUCCAAUGAUUUUCUAUAAUGAUUAUCAUGACUAUUUGGAUGGAAAUACAAUCAAAAAAUAUGACCUUCAUUAUUUCCCACCAUUUGCGAAAACUAUUUGGAAAGCAUUGUUGACAUGUUCUAUUUGUGCAAUACUUACGAUGAAAUUUGUUCCACUUUUCCCAAUUUCCUAUUUACAAGAUGAAAAAUUUUUACAAGAAAAUUUGGCCUAUAAAAUUUUAAUCAUAUAUUUUGUGACAACCUUUGCACGAAUCAAAUAUUACUUUGCAUGGAAACUAGCUGAAUCUGUUUGUAAUGUUUCCGGUUUAGGAUUCACCGGACUCAAUGAAAAUGAUAAUCAACCAGUGUAUGAUUUAGCCAUAAAUAUUCGUAUUUUUGAUUUUGAAAUGGCCUUAUCACAACAUGAUGCAAUUUCAGCAUGGAAUAUAUCAACUGUUAAAUGGCUUCGUUCUGCCGUCCAUUUUCGUGUUCCUAAACGUUAUCGUGUUGUUGCUACAUUUGCAUUAUCAGCCGUUUGGCAUGGUUUUUAUCCCGGUUAUUAUCUUACAUUUGCUACUGCCUGUUUAUUUAUGGCUGCAUCCAAAACAAUUCGAAAAUGUAUUCGAUAUCGUUUUGUUCAUUCAAAACAUUUACUAAUUGGUUAUCAUUGUUUAACAUGGUUAACCACACGUUUAAUGAUUGCCUAUUUUGCAUUCCCAUUUAUUCUACUCACUUUUAAUGAUUCGAUUCUUAUUUAUCAAUCCCUCUAUUGGUUCGGUCAUAUACUAGCCAUUUUGGCUUUGCUAAUUGUGCCAUUAAUCUUGAAAUCAGAAUCAAAAAAUCAUGAAAAAGACAUCGUGCCCAUUCGAAAACCUGAUGAAUAUCCCAAAGUUGAUGAUACAAAAAAAAUAAUCAACGGUUACUAUCAUAGAGAAAAUAAUGGUUUCAAUCAAUGACCAUAAACA